UGUGGUCCGGUGGAACCCGCGGUGGUCUCGACGUCUACUUGCAUUUGUUUUGUUGGUGGCUUUCGGGAUUUGGCUUUCCAUUUGCUUCGUUUCGAUCGUUGGUGAAUUGUGUCAGGGGUUGAAUGGCACGUCACUGCCUGUGGGAGGAAAUAUUAAAUGAUUGUUGUAUGCAGUAGUUUUUCUUUCUUUUGCCUUAAUCGUCCCAUUAAUGUGGAGGAGCAGCAAAUAGGGAGAAACUUGUGGAGAAAGGGAUCUGGCGAGGAGCGCAAAUCAAAGCUAGAUGCCAGGGAAGAAAAGGUUGUUGGUCACAGGGGCGAGGGGAGGGGGAAAAGCAACAGGGAAGGCGAAUGUGAAGGGCAUGGGAGUAGGAAAGAGUUAGAAGGUACUAAGAGAGACGUGGAGAAAGUUUUGAGGUUGAGGAGAUGCUUGGAUGGAUUUUUAUUACUGAGUCAGAGUGGAAGUGGGAGAGGAAACGGAGUGAGGGAAGUGUGUCGCUUGUGAGACGGACUUCGGUCACUGCAUGCGGACUGUUGUCAAGUCGCUGAGGAAGUGUGGGCGUUAUUAAAGGGGAGAAGGGAAAAGGCAGGGAAGGGAAACGAAGGAGAGGAGGGAUGGGAGAAGGAAAAACUCAGAGGUAGUGAGGAGAAGGAUGAUGGAAAGAGAACGUAGCCUUUUGCUUCAACUUUGCGGAGUCUGCAACCACGCUGCAGCAGCCGUCGCAUUUGUGCUUGUUGCUCCCUCAAGGUUUCGCAAUCUGUUGAUAUAAACGUCGGCCUCUCAGUUCCCACUUCCCGGCUGUUGCGUUGAUCAGGAUCUUUUUGGUUUAGCGCCAGUCAUUGGUUUGGAAGCUGGUGUAUGUUGGGCGGCAGAGGGUUGCGUGAUUCCCCACAUGUUUCGCGAAGAGCAGUGUGUUUGAUGAUUGGAGUGUGAACUUCGCAAGAAGAGGAUCGAAGCCUUAGAUGCAGGUUUUGCGUUUGGAGUAAGGGGCGGGCAUGAGAAGCUGGAUAGGUUUUAUUAUUUGUAGUGGAAUUAGAGUGAAAUAAGAACAGAGUGAAGUGUCUGAGUGUUGCGAAGCGUGAAAGAGUGGAGCUGGAAAGUGAGGAAAAAUGAGAGGACCGUCCCUCUUCGGCUGCUUGCCAGUCUUGACGCCACACUGUUUGCUUCAGACAUUCAUGAAGAACAGCAAUGCCAUCGGUAUUACCUCAGAACCAGAGGUUCUUCCUCCUCCUCCCCCGUCGGAGGAAGUAUUUCCAUCUGAGGAUGAGGAAUCCACGUCGUCUGUGAUGGAGCCUGUUGCUCUACAGCGUGGUCUCACGCUUCUCAAGAGGCGGGUGAACAGUCAGAGCAUUUUCAAUUUGCCCUACUCGGACUUGAUGCUUGGGAAAUAUGAAGGAGGGUACAAACUCUGGGAUUGUUCCGUUGAUCUAGUAGAAACGCUGCGUCGAGAAAUCCAAGAUGGUCAGCUCUCAUUUCGUGGCAAGCGUGUGCUUGAGCUUGGUUGUGGACAUGGUCUACCCGGAAUUUUUGCCUGCUUAAAGGGUGCAUCUAGUGUCCAUUUCCAGGACUUUAAUGCUGAAGUAUUGAGAAAUGUUACUACAAAAAAUGUGCAAGCCAACCUGGAUCAAGCACGAAAGGGUCUCAUAAGAGUAAACUCGGUCAGUUCUGGUCUUGUAAGAGUAAACUCUGGCCUUUUAAGAGCGAACUCCAUCGGUUCCAAUGCCGAAAUGGCCACAUCACACAAGGGUCUAAUUGCAGAGCCUGAUGUUCAUUACUAUGCUGGGGAUUGGUCAGAUGUGCACAAUGUUCUGUCGGCAGUGCGGGUUUCACCUGGAACUACUGACAUCGGGGAUGAAGGAGCCUUCAACUUCAUGUUCACUGAAAGUGAAUUAUAUGAGCCUGUGCAAGAGACUGAAAUCAGAAGUGGUGGUCUUACUCGCACUGGCUCUCGAAAUCGGCUUGCCAGAAAGCUGUCCGGAAGUCAGGCUUGCGACAGAGGGCACACCAACACUACUCAAGAAGGUGGUUAUGACAUUAUUCUGAUGUCUGAGACUGUCUACUCAUUAACGUCACUUCCCAAGCUCUAUGAACUUAUUAAAAAGUGUACACGUCCUCCUUAUGGAGUUGUGUAUUUAGCGGCUAAAAAACACUAUGUUGGAGUUGGAGGUGGGACUCGACAAUUUAAGCGUCUAGUUGAGGAGGACGAGUAUGGACCUAUGGCAGCACAUCUUGUUGCUGAUUUUGCGGACAAUUCCUCGAAUGUUCGAGAAGUAUGGAAAUUCUUCUUCAGGUGACUUAACAAUUUCAAGAAGUACGUGAUAUGCUUACAUUAUGCAGGGAGCAAAUUAAAGGAGGUGGAGGUUUAUUGAAACUGUUGAGGACUCAUUAUGUUUUAUCGUUGGACUGUUGCGCAUCAGUUAUGAAGUCCAUUGCUGCCAGUGGCUACAAUUUUGGAAGUAAUUACUUUGGUAGAAUUGUAUAGUUGCCUAUAUAGUCCAUUCCUCUUCCUUAAAGGGAUGUACUUGAAGGUUCACGUUUUAGAGCAACAAGAUUGUCGAAAUUCACAGCCCAUGGAAAUAUUGCGGAUGUCAUUAUCCCAGAACUCACCAGCGUCUUCCAUUUCUUUAUCAAUCGAGGUUUACCAGCCGAGUGCAUGUCCUAAGUCUUAGCAAUAAAGGCAGUAACAUACCUGCAGUCUGGUUGCGAGUAGGUUAAGGUGCAAAUGUCAUCAAAACUCGUUGAUCAGUGUUUGUCUUUCAGCAGUUCUAGGUGUUGUCUUCAGAGAAUCGUAUUAGUCGGCAGCCUAGUGCAACUGUUCUCGACAAAUUAUUUCUUCACCAUUCUUUCAGUUCACGCAUCAUGAGCCAUCAUGAGAAAAAUGCUUUUGAAAUCAGCAGUUUACUGCCAAUAAGUCUUCAUUCCUAGUUAUUGUCUGAACUUGAGUGAAAAGUAGUGGAAAGCAUGGACAGGAAACGAGAUAUUCGUUCUUCAGAUGCUUGUUUCUGUUCAUUACAUACUGUAAAGUAGCAGAUUUCUUAAUAGUUCGAUAAUCUAUAUUUCCUUGCAUCAACCUUCAAUCAGGAAUAAAAAGAUCAUAGCAAUAAUUCUUCUGUUC